AAGUGGGUCCCAUUUUUUCCCAUUUCCCAACCUCCAUAACUAUAGUUUUGAGACUUCUCUGUCUCCUAUACUCCCCUCUCUCUUUCUCUGAGCUUCAGAUCUAGAAGAGAAGAGUGUAAGACCCAGAUCAGAUAAACCAUAGCAUCCAAUAACGUUCUCGGAAACGUAUAGAUUUCACCAAGAAUGGCAGUGACAGAAGCAGAAAACCCUCUUCUUGGAGAAGUCACUUGUGGCACCUUACUGCAGAAGUUGCAGGAAAUCUGGGAUGAAGUUGGUGAGAGUGAUGAGGAACGAGACAAACUGCUUCUCCAGAUAGAGGAAGAGUGUCUUAACGUUUACAAGCAUAAAGUCGAGCUCGCCGCCAAAUCUCGCGCUGAGCUUCUUCAGACCUUGUCAGAUGCCAAUGUUGAACUCUCCAAUCUCACAACCGCUCUUGGGGACAAAAGCUACAUCGGCAUUCCAGAUAAGACUUCAGGAACGAUCAAAGAGCAGCUUUCUGCAAUAGCACCUGCUCUUGAACAGCUUUGGCAGCAGAAAGAGGAAAGAGUCAGGGAGUUUUCUAAUGUGCAAUCACAGAUUCAGAAGAUCUGUGAAGAGAUUGCUGGAGGUUUGAGCAACGGGACUCAUGUGGUCGACGAGACUGACUUGUCCCUGAAGAGAUUGGAUGACUACAAGAGCAAACUCCAAGAGCUCCAGAAAGAGAAGAGUGAUAGGUUGAGCAAGGUGCUUGAGUUUGUGAGCACAGUGCAUGAUCUGUGUUCCGUCCUUGGUUUAGAUUUCUUGAGCACUGUCACUGAAGUUCAUCCGAGCUUAGAUGAGGCAAAUGGUGUUCAUGCCAAGAGCAUUAGCAACGAGACUCUUUCAAAGUUGGCUACGACUGUCUUGACUCUUAAAGAGGACAAGAGGCAAAGACUUGAAAAGCUUCAAGAGCUAGCUACUCAGCUGACUGAACUAUGGAAUCUGAUGGAUACUCCUGAUGAGGAAAGGGAGCUUUUUGACCAUGUUACCUGUAACAUUUCUGCUUCAGUUCAUCAAGUGACCGUCUCUGGUGCUCUCGCACUUGAUCUCAUCGAGCAGGCUGAGGUGGAAGUGGAUAGGCUUGAUAAACUGAAAGCUAGCAGGAUGAAGGAAAUUGCAUUCAAGAAACAAACCGAGCUCGAGGAGAUAUACGCUCGAGCUCACAUAGAGAUAAAGCCUGAGGUUGUUCGUGAGAGGAUCAUGUCGUUGAUCGAUGCUGGAAACACUGAGCCUGCUGAGCUACUAGCUGAGAUGGAUAGCCAGAUAGCAAAGGCCAAGGAAGAAGCGUUUAGUAGGAAAGAGAUAUUGGACCGAGUCGAGAAAUGGAUGUCAGCUUGUGAGGAAGAGAGCUGGCUUGAAGACUAUAACCGGGAUCAGAACAGGUAUAGUGCAAGCAGAGGUGCGCAUUUGAAUCUCAAGAGAGCUGAGAAAGCUAGGAUUCUUGUCAGCAAGAUUACAGCAAUGGUUGACACAUUGGUUACUAAAACCCGGGCAUGGGAAGAGGAUAACAGUAUGUCUUUCGAGUAUGAUGGUGUUCCUCUGCUCGCUAUGUUAGAUGAGUACACUAUGCUUAGACAGGAACGAGAAGAGGAGAAGCGGAGGCUGAAGGAACAGAAGAAGCAGCAAGAACAGCCGCCGCACACUGAUCAAGACUCAGCCUUUGGGUCUAGACCUAGCCCUGGGAGACCCGUGAGUGCCAAGAAACCGGUGGGAGCACGAGCUAACGGAGGAGGAGGGAGUAACGAAACGCCUAGGCGUUUGUCCAUGAACUCAAACCAGAACGGAAGCAAGUCCAAAAGAGACAGUCUCAACAAGCUGACUUCUCCUUCGAAACUAGUAGCUGUCUCGACAGAGGAAGCUUCAUCGUCUCCUCCGGUGUCUUGUCCGGACCCAGUUCUUGCUUCACCAUGACAAUAUCUCUCCAGUCCUUUAGUUUGUUAUUUUAGAGAAUCAGUAACGAUGAUGAAACAAAAAAAACUUUAGGAACGAGACAAAAACACUGAGAGUAGAAUGUUACUUAGAUUUUUAUGUCUUUGUAUCAUUGACUGACUCGUUUUUUUCUUCUAUUCCACGCCUUUUGGUGCUAUAUGAAAGUGCGGGUUUAAUGAAUAAAAAUUAGG